CGGCAACGGCGCUGUGCAGGAGAACAUCUGUGCUGGUUUUUCUUGCUACAGCUUUUGUUCUGUACGUCGAAGAUCCAGCGGUACUGGCGUUUUUAGGGAAGAAUGGAAAGACCGGGCGGGACCUAUCGCCUCGUGCAGCGCAAGAGCAGGACGACAAUAACAGUGCUGUCGCGACAGAUGAUGUGAGGCGCAGCGAAGAUCAACUUGUUCUUCCCAGCAAGAGACCGCUGCUGCGGAGAAGAGGACGGAGUACGGGAAUGUUCCAGAAGACGGCUGCACCGAUUUUUAGAGACGAACUGUCCGAAGAGCACAACUCGCUGGGCGGAGCUCCGGACUAUCAGACUGCCCCAGCAGCAAUCUCUACUGCAGAUCCAAUCUCACCGUUGCCUCUAUCCAGUUUUCUCAGAAGCAAAAAGAAAAAGAAGCGUGUGCACCGACGUGUAGGGAUAGAAGCAACAAUAAAAUCUUCGAACGCGGCGGAUGAAGGAGAUGCAAGUGUUCUCGUGAAUCCAGCAUCAUCUUCAACACGAAAAACCGCAGAAACAGCACGACAUGAGGACAGGAAAACGGUCACACCGUUCUCGGCGGAACAAGUAGAGACCAAAAAUGGAUCGCGGAAUUAUGUCAACAAUAAGCAAGAGACACAUCAGACAUCAGACAAGAAGAGCCAACUGGAACUACAUGUGACGACUCCAGAACAAGAAGACAUUUCUGACAUUGCCGAAAGCAACGUAGCAGCACGACCGGAGGCCAAGCCGGGAGGCACGUGGGAGUGGAGGCCAGCACCAGAGGAGGACCACGAUUCUGCUCUAGGUGAAGAACAAAAACUAGAACAAGUUGGCGCAACGACAAACGAGUGGAAUGACGAAGUAGUUUCGACUCGCAGGGACGAAGAUGAGGACAAAAAGAAGGAGGAGCAUAUGACGUUUUGGGAAAAGCUGAAGGUGAACUGGAUGACCUGGCUGUUUUGGUGCGUACCCUUCGUCAUCUGCCUUGUCUUUGCCGGCUUCCUUGCCAAGGUCGACGACGACGACGAGAAAACCCUGGACGACGAACUCAAAGACGCAACGCGGCCUGCGCCAGUCCACUUCCACAACACUUUCGUCGAUGGUAAUGAUAGUACAGCGGCCCCCGGAGGACCACCUCCCGGUGCUGCAGCUUUAGCUGCCGCCGGGUCGACAGCAACAGCAUCCCUCGGUCGUGGAUUCGAUCUGGCGCGGCUCGGGGGAGCAGCUCUGGGGGCCGAAGGUGGUCCACCUUUCUUGGGAGAUUAUGCAGUGCAAGCCGACGGAAUUAUCUCGGAUAAAGACCGCGAGGAACAACGGUGGUCUACGCGCACGUCAGGUGGUUUCGGGGAAGAGGGCAGCGAGGCUGAGGCUUUUAUUAAGGACGACGACGAAAUAGGAAUUGUACAGGGCGACGCGGUCGACGAUGCGAGGCUGAUGUCCUUCGCUGUAGGUGCCUUCGCGGACGACGACCAGCAAAAGGAGAAGACGGGGAAGAAGCCUAUGAAGAAGGUUGUAAAGUUGAAAAAUCGUGCUGCUUCCCCUGCGACGGCUGCUGUUGCAGAACAACACGAUAGUAAAAAUACCGCGUCUGCUGGGUCAAGUAGUACUGCUCCAAUCGUCCCGCAUUUCCGGCCCAGAUCGUCUGAAGCCGACGAUAGAAGGGUUGUACUAUCGCAGGGCAGUUCAUCGGGUAAUGUCGUGAGAGCGUCGAUUUCUAGUGCUGACAGUACAACUUCUACUUCUUCUGGGAAGAAGAAGAAGAUCUUGCUGAACAAACAAGAACAGCAGGCAGCAGUGCAACAACCCACCAGCAUUGGGAAAAGAUCUAGUAAGAAUAGCGCUUCCACAAUGUCGACGGAGACGGGAAUAUCAACUUCUGGCGGAGCUGCAUCAUCAACAUCAACACGGGCCGCCUCUAAGGUAUAGGACGACGGUGCGGGGGCCCCGCGCUACCACGCGUCAAAAAUGUCCAAUGACAGUGGCGGGACAUCAACGCGGCUCGCGUCCAAAGUCUCCAACGACAGUGGCGGGACAAUUCGGCUCGCGUCCAAAAUGUCCAAUGACAGUGCUGGCGGGGUCGCGCGGUUGGCCUCCACGACCUCGACAGACAGUGCAGGUGGGGUCGUAGCGCAAACCGGUAGCACGCGUUUUUUGUCGACGAUUUCGGAAGACACAGCAGCCAGGAUGUCUACCGCCUCAAAAGCCAGCAACGAUAGUGUGGGUGGUGGUGCUGCUGGGAUGACCACGCCGAAGGUUCCGAAGGGAGCUGCGAAGAAACAGCACCAGCUGCCCAAGAUCUCGGAAAACAGUGUGCCCUCUGGAGUGUUGCCUUCCGCGGCAUUGUUGAGAAGUAGUACUAUGAGUAGUACUAGUAGUACUGGCGCGACGGUGGAAAAUAAAGAAAAACGAAAACGGGCGGUUUCCAAGGAAAGGCCGAAGAGACAAAAAACGCCUGAACAGGUGGGACCUCUUGCCUCACCGGGCGCCAAAGCCGCUACAAAAAAUGUAAUGCCAAAGUAAGGGACGACGAGGACGAAGAUCUAUCUGUAUCUUCACAGAGACAUGAUAGAUAGACGUGCGUGUCUGUUACCCACCAGAGGUGGCGUCGUAUGCACGUGCCGCAUGGAGCGGCAAAAAUCUUACGAACUACCCCGAGAUUUUUCGUUCUCCUUCCUUUUUGAUGCAC